UCCGCAGCUACGUUCGACGUUCGACUCUCCGUAGUCUCUGUAAACUGAAAAAAGAGGGUUCUCUUCAAUAAAAGGGAGAUUAAAAGUUUUACGCUCUCUAAAGAGAUUUUGGAUAAAGCGAAUAGUGAAGCGAACAGUAAGUGAAUCGUGAUGAUCUGAUCAGAUCUGAUUCUCCCAGGGAUCGGCGUAACAGAGUUGAAGAAGAGACGAUAGAAUAAAAAAUUUAUUGUUGCAAGUCUUCUCUGCAAAUCAACUUGUUACGAAACACAUUCACACACGAUAUUGCCAAAACCUUGGAAUAUUCUGUGCUGUGUGGAAUAUUCAUUUGAUAUUGCCAAUGCCAAACGAAACGUCAACAUAACCUAACCGUCAACUGAAUCAACAUCGUUUCGAGUAAAAUGAAUAAUUGUAGCGAGAAGUCGGUCAUUUUUAAAAAAAUGCAUAACCCUACCGAUUUCAUUCUACGGGGUGGUGACGCAGCGUUCGCCAACAGACAGAGAUUGUUGUUCGAUCAGCUCUCUAUCGCAGAAAGCAAGUGUAAUAAACAUGACAAAUCUGAGACGAGCAACGUGGGGAUGGAAUGCGAGAAGAGGCCAGCCGAGGCGAGCGAGGAUCACAAGCAAAAGAGAGAGACAAAGAGAUUUCGCGGCAAGGAGAGCAUCUUUAAGCGUCCCGAGGGCCCGGCGCCACGCGCGAACUUCAGAAGCAUUCCGGACCACCACAGAAAUCCGCACAAAUGGACCAAGUACACCCUGGACGACGUAUCCAGUGAGGACAUGACAGAGCGCAGUAACAUGCAGGCUGCUAUGUCAUUCCUGAAGGACCUGAAGUCGCGCAAAAGGAAAGAGAAUGUCGAUGAAUGUGACGAGGAGAUGGACAUCGAGCCUUGCGAGUCAAACACGCAGUCAAACUCUAGGCGGUUCAAGUCUAGAAAAUCUGCGUCAUCAUCGUCACGGAUCACGUUCAGAAAACCACAGACGGCGAAAGAGACGGCGAAUGAUGGCGCGGUGAUCAACGAAACGGAUGAUAAGCCCGUGUUCAGAAGCAGUAAGAUCAUCCUGCCGGAAUACGUGAUCGGACAGAAACCGAAAAAGACAUGUAAACAAAACCGGCCGAUGGUUAAGGUUGAUCGCUCAAAGGAAUUGAGAUUGGAUCAUUUACAAGAACCGGAUGAAGAGGAAGAUGACUGAGAAUGUACAGAGAUGAAUGUAUAAUGUAUAAAAUUAUUUUAUAUAAAUGUGGAGAUUUAUCGUGAAUGUUCGCUUGAUAAAAAAUUAAGAACGUUCGUAAAUUUUUUAGACGUAUUAUAAACACUUGUUGACAUAAAUGCAUGUUAAUCUUAUGUCUAUAAUAUUUAGUACAAAUAAGAUUACAUACUACAUAUUGCAAGUAAAGAAUAAAGUCCCUCAAUAAUGUGAAAUAUACAUAUAAACAUGGAAUUAUUGUAAUUAAGUGUAUAAAGUUUGCAUCAAUA